ACCUGUUGUUUAGAACAGUAAAGAUGUUAGCGCCUCUACAACGUGCCUGUAGCUGAUAUAUUUAUUUAUAUUAAAUACAAAUAAUAAUAUAAGAUGGAAGCGUGUAUUUUUUUAUCGUAGUAAAUUAAUUCCGUGUUCUUCCUCCUGGGAUCGAUUAGUACAGUCAGCGGCGCAGCUCUAACUCGAUUAGCCGUCCUAUUGUUUGUAUUGUUAGCGGAAGCAGAGCAGUGAUGGCGGUCUCCCCGGUGUGUUUACGUUAGGAGCCGACGGUAAUGACCGUUAAACGUCAAACAUGGAGUCCCGGUGUGAGUAUUUCAUGUAUUUUCCCGCCGCUCCGGUAUCAAGUCUCACCGACCUGUCCGAGUUCACGUCUCUGCCGAAGCGGAAACAGGUCUACCUGGGGGAGACCGUCCAGGUGCUGCUGGUCCUCAGGUUCCGGUUGCAGGACGCGGUGAAGAAGCAUGACAGCUCUGGUAUUUCACCCUGGAAGGACCUGGCGGGCUCUCUGUCCGCUGUGGUGAGCGUGUGCGCCGCAGAGAGGCGACAGCAGAGAGCCGAUGAGUGUGAGCCGGACAUCCAGACCUCCAGCUGCAGCGAGGACGAAGAGGAGGAGGAGCCGGGGGACAGCGGGGACAGGACCCGGGCCUUCGCACACUGCAGCCCGCUUCUCAUGCACAGCUACCCGGGCAGAGAUGGGCGACCGGGCGCCAGGGAACCGGUGAAGUCUGCUCUGGUUCUGGACGAUCAGGUCGUCUUCUGUCUCACCGUCUCUCUGGACAAACUGCCAGUCAACACGGUCAGAGCAAAGGUGGUGGUGACGGUGUGGAAGCAGGAUGAUGAAGAGGUGGAGGUGAGAGAACACGGAUACCUGACUCUGCUGCAGCUAAGGAGUCCAGCACAAACCUUCAGACAGGACCAGAGCUCCUUCAAGGCUCAGGUCAGCACCUUCCUCAACGUUCUUCCUCCUCCCAGCCUUCAGUGUCAGCAGAUGACUGUGUCUGGAAAACAUCUCACUGUCCUCAAAGUGUUGAACUGCAGCUCUCAGGAGGACGUCUGUCUCAGAGACAUGAAGAUUCUCCCAAACUACAACUCGUCCUACCUCCCCAUGAUGCCAGACGGCUCCGUCCUGAUCGUCGAUAACGUCUGCCACCAGCCGGCUGAGGUCUCCACGGCGUCGUUCUGUCGGAUAGACAGCGAGUCGUCACGUUUACCCAGCAUGCUCAGCGCCCUGGAGGAGCAGAACUUCCUGUUCCAGCUGCAGCUACAAAACUCAGACGAUGAAGACUCGAGUGAGGGUUUGGAGGUCCCGUUGGUGGCUGUGUUGCAGUGGUACACUCCAAAUCUGCCGUACACCAGAUUUAUCUCCAGUUGUUACUCGUUGCCGAGUAUCCGCCUGGAUCGUCCUCGCCUGGUGAUGACAGCUUCCUGUCCCCGGGCAGUCAGACCUCUGGAGCUCUUCUGGGUUAAAUACAUGCUCAACGACCUCCAGGACUUCCUGUCCGUCCGUCUGAUCUGGAACUCUGAGGCUCGGAGAGGAGGUGCGAAGGACGCCAUGUUGGACUCUGUGGUGUGUCAGUCUCCUCUCAAUCACCUGGGUCGGUGUAAAAAAGGCUCCGUCCUCUCCUUCAGCGUGGCGUUUCAGAUCCUUCACUCCGGACUGUUCGAGCUGAGUCAGCACAUGAAGCUGAAGCUGCAGUUCACUUCCUCUCCUCCGGGGGAGCCUUCGUCCCCUCUGAAGAACCCUCCACCAUCAUCAUCCUCACCUUCACCCAGCCGAGCCGUCAGAGACCUGCAGGAGGGACACGGCCUGGGCCGCUCUCAGAGCUUCUCCCAUCAGCGUCCGUCCAGGAGUCACCACGUCAGGUCGGGCAGUGUGAUGGACCCUCACAUCAUCACCCCUCCUGUGGGGUCUCCGUCAGGUCGAGCAGUCGCCCCUGAACACGCCUCCCUCCCGCUGGACAAGAUCGCAAAGAGAGAGUGUAAGGUGUUGGUGCUGCAGCCAAUCAGAGAGACACACAGCAGGUAA